AUGCAUCCUGCCCAAGUAGUUUAUCCUCAGUCCCUCUGUUUUCAUUCCCACUCCGACCUACCCUGUGCCCAUCUACCCUUGCUUGUUGCGAAUCAUGCCAAAUUGCAUCCCCUCUCCCUUCCUCCCUCCCCCCUCUCCUCGACUCCCCCUUUCCUCCCCAUUGAUCCCUGCCCGUCCAUCCACGCGCAGGUGUUGCAGAUUCAGAUCUUCUCACUCACAGGAGUCGAGCCGGAGAAUCAAAUGGGGGGAGGGGGGGCAGAGGGGGAGACGGGGGAGAAGGGGGCGGAGGGGGCAGAGGGAGAGAAGGGGGCGACGGGGGAGGGUGGAGAGAAGGGUGGUAAGGGGAGAGAAGAGAGGACGAUUGGAGUUCGCAAGGAGACUGCAGCUAUGGCGUUGCAGGCAGCACAAGAGGUGCUGCCACGUGUCAAGCAGGCAUUGGAGCAGAUGUGGGCUGGGAGUGGUGGGGAUGGAGAUGCGGUGUGGCUGCAGGGAUCGGUGCAGCAUGAGAGGGUGUGUGGAGGCUGGGUGUCAGCUGAUGGGGAAAACGCACCCAAUGAGAUGGUGAACUGA